AUGUCUCAAUUCUGUGGCUGUCUAGGCUCAACCAAGCCCGAGCCUCGCACUCAAAUCCCAUCAUAUCCAGAUGCCGGGUUUAUGCACAGGCCGGAAACACAGAUGCAAAUGCACAUGCAUAUGCAACAUCAACUACCCCGAUAUGACUCAGUCGACCACGGCUAUGCCCCUGUUGUCCCAUUACCUCGUUACACCCCGCGGCCCAUGAGCAUCCACGAGAAAACUCUCGAAAACAACCACAUCCACCACACUCAACACAGACCAGAUGAGAAAAACCGACACGACUUUGAGUCCGCCGAAGACGAAGAUGUAUCUGCGCUCAACUCCCAAAGCACAGGAGGCAGCAGCACAACCGUAACCGGCAUCAUCUCAACUAUAACCACAGCCCCAACAACAAUAAUGGACGACGCAUCAUCCGCGUACUCCUUUCCCAGCAGUUUUGGGCAUACCUCUACCGAGACGAGGGAUACGCCGCCACCGCCGUAUUCGUCAUGCGGCUCAUCGUUUUAUGCGCGCUCAAGAGCGUCGUCUGUGAGGAGUCAUGGAAGGAGCGAGAGUCUGUUUAAUUAUUCUUUGAAUAAUACUGGGAAUGCGUCGGAGGUUGUGCCGACGAUUACACCGCCGCCGAUGGCACAUAUGCACAUAUCUCACAAUCAUGAUCAGUAUCAGCAUCAUCCUUCGCCGUCAAUCCAUGCCCCUCGACAAUCCAUUUCGCGCUCUAAUACGCCCAGUCAGCGUAGGUUCUCAUGGGAAAGUCGAUAA